AUUCUCCAAGGCAAAGACAAUGCGUUGACUUAAGUGCCAUGCUGGCGACUCAAUUUGCUGUACAACCACUGACUCAAUUAGCCAAGUGGGUGGUUAUGGAUUUUUAGGGGUUGGGGUUGUUGGUGCAAAUCAAAAAUCAGCUGGUCCAGCCAGCCGACUGUCAGCUGUUGCUCCAGAUCUAAGCAAAACUUUCAGUCGCCAUCGCAGCUGCCACGCGAAAAGUGACGACGAUCUCGGCGUUAGUUGAGUGUCUGUGUGUGUGUGUCAUAAUAUCAUUAAUAAAAAUAUAAAACAAUAAUAGUCGGUGUGUGUGGCAACAGCACAAUUGCACUUCCAUCUCACUGUCAUCUGAAAUCUGAAAACCAAAAUCCCAACCACCAGUCACCUCUGAUGCGUGCCUUCGAGCGGUGCGAUCGGUGCGCUUUUCUCACGUUUGUCUUAUUUUUUUUUUUGUUUGUGUGUGAGUUGAGUUCGAAAAAAGUUCCGGGAAAAUGCACGUGGACGAGCUGAGGGCCAGUCUUCAGAGCUUUGGAUGGCUGGAUUAUUUGGUUUUUUGCUUAAUGUUGGCCAUUUGUGCCGUAAUCGGAAUCUAUUUCUGCCUUCAACUGCGUAGGGAGUCCAGGAAACAUAAAGAUCAUGGUGCCGAAGAGGCGGCUAACAGUGCUGCCUCCUAUUUGGUGGGUGGCAGGCAAAUGAAAAUCUUUCCCAUCACCAUGUCAUUAAUAUCCAGCUUUAUAUCUGGUAUCACUUUACUGGGCACUCCCACAGAGGUGUAUCUUUAUGGUGCACAGUAUAUGUACAUUAUGGGAUCACUGGUCCUGAUGGGUUUUUGCAUGUAUUACUUCUUUCUUCCGGUCUUCCACGAACUCAAUUUGAUAUCAACUUAUAAGUAUUUGGAACAGCGAUAUAACAGAAGCUUAAGACUCUUUGGAUCUGUCAUGUUUAUUGUGGCAUCGCUUCUUUGGCUACCAAUUGUGAUUUAUGUACCGGCUAUAGCUUUCAAUCAGGCAACCGGAGUUAAUAUCCAUAUAGUGACACCCAUUGUUUGUGUAGUUUGCAUUUUCUACACAUGCAUUGGAGGCCUGAAGGCGGUGGUUUGGACGGAUGUCAUCCAAACAUUGAUUAUGUUCGGAGCAAUGGCUUUGGUUUUGAUCAAGGGAACAUUGGACAUUGGCGGACCUGGAGUUGUAUGGCAAAGGGCCAAGGAAACAGCACGCUUGGAGAGACCAAAUUUUAGUACGGACCUGAGCGAAAGAUAUACGUUUUAUUCCUUGGUUUUGGGCGGUGUAGCCCAUUGGCUUAAAUCGAAUGCGAUUAGUCAGAAUAUGAUACAGAGAUAUUUAUCACUGCCAACGCUGCGAGAUGCACGGAUUGCCAUAUGGACUUUUAUAGCUGGUGUUUUGGCCUUCUUAAUGAUCUGUGGCUAUACGGGUCUUUUGAUUUAUGCCACUUAUGCGCAAUGUGAUCCCUUGGAAACAAAAUUGGCUCAGAGGAAUGAUCAGCUUUUGCCACUUUUGGUGAUGGAUACAUUGGGUGCCUAUCCUGGUUUGCCGGGAGUUUUUGUUGCUGGUGUAUUCAGUGCGGCCCUAUCUUCAUUAUCUACCGGAUUGAAUUCUCUGUCGGCUGUGGUUUUGGAAGAUUUUGUUAAAACUUUCAGAAAGAGUCCACUUAGCGAAAGGCAAACUGCCUUUGUAAUGCGUAGUGUGGUCGUGAUAUUUGGUAUUAUUUUCGUUGCACUCGUUUUUGCUGUCGAGAAAUUGGGUGCAGUUCUACAACUUACCAUAACCCUUUCAUCGGUGGCAAAUGGUCCACUUUUGGGUAUAUUUACCGCCGGAGUUAUGUUGCCAUGGGUUAAUUCGAAUGGUGCUUUACUUGGAGGAUUUAGUUCAUUAAUUGUUAUGGCCUGGAUGUGUGUGAGUGCCCAGCGGGAUCUGGUCACCGGCGAUCUUGUCUAUAAGAGGAAACCCUAUUCCACGAUGGGCUGCAAUUAUACUUUUGCUGGAGAACCGCGGGAGUUUGCCAGUCUGGCCUUCGAUGGCCCUGUUAGUUCCAGUCCUAGCGCACCUUUCCAGCUGUACCGCAUCUCGUAUCUAUAUUUCACUCUCUUCGGAGCUUUGGUUACCAUUAUAGUGGCCCUUGUUACGAGUCUUCUUCUACGGGAAUCAGAUUUGGAUGGAGUGGACACCCGUCUGCUUACACCAUUUGUGAGACGUUGGGUAGAGAGACGUCGCCAUCGCCGAUCAGUGAUUCCAGAUUCUGGACAAAAGACCAGCAAUAAACAGGAGACAAAAACGUGAAGGGGAAUUUAGAUGGCAGUUUCUGAGGAGUUUGAGAAGGCUGACCGGCAUCAUCCUGGCAAUGUUCCUUUUGGUAGCUUAGCAAAUAUUUAAAAUAAAACACAAUUCAUAAUUA